CAAAUAUUUAUGAUGCAAUUAAGCCGAAGUCGCUUGCGGAUUAUGUCGAUACCAUCUCGAAUAUUACCCAAUUUUCAAAUAGUUAUCAUUUAAUAGAGGUAGUUUGCGGCCGAGGCGUUACUUCAUUACCAUAUUGACAUAAAACUAUACCAUUUUCAACAACUUAUGAUGUAAUUAAGCCGAGGUCGCUUGCGGACUAGGCCUUAUAUUGAUACCAUCUGGUUACAAUACUACCCAAUUUUCAAAUGUUUAUGAUUUAAUGCGCUACAUCGAUACCUUUCUUAGUUCCACUCAAUCUAUUCUCUCAGCAUAAAGAUUUCAUCAAAUCUUUACCAACAAGGCAUCAUCAGGGUUAUUUAUUCAUGUUCAGUUCCACUUAUUUUGAGUUGUUUGUUAUGUGAGUAUAAAGUUUUAACUGAAUUAUUUUAUUUAGAGUGUGCACAUAAAGUGUGAUAGUGAGCUGUGCAAAUCAAUGAAUUAAACAAAAAACUAUAAAAUAAACGUAAACAUCAUAAUAACGAAGUUUAUAAAUCGUUAGGAUAGCAACAAAAUCGAUAAACUCGUUAUUUUUUGGCGAAUAAAUAGGAAAUUUCAAUGGAAACCGAUUCAGAUAUUCGUGAAAAAAAUGAAAACGAUGGUAAAAAACUAGUGAUUACCUCCCAAAGAAAUAACUCACUUAAUAAUAGUAAUACUUUAGAUGAAAUUGAAAUCGCCUUGUAUUCAGGAAUGCAAACGAAAACCCAACACGAAGAACCAAUCGAUUUAACGUUUUCUCAAAAACAAAUUAAACAAAUUGAUUUGGGAAAGAAUUUGAUUACCGCGAACCAGCAAGAAAUUAAUUUUGAAAAAUCAAAUUUUUUAUCAACAACAAAUCAAUUAUUAUUUACGCCAUCCAGCGUGCCUAAAAAACGUGGCAGGAAACGUAAAGACACCACCGCACCCCCGGUAAAAGAAGAAAAAUUAAUACCAAACAUAAAAUUUAUUUAUCACAUGAAUAAUUAUAAUAAUCAAGAAGAAUCCGGUCAUAGCAUGGAUAAUAGACACACCGAAGUCUUAAUGGCUGCUAAAUCAUUAUUUUCCAAACGAACAAGAACUUUAUAUCAUUGGAUGUACCCAAACACGCCGAAAGCACAAUUAAAAUCGGCUGUUUCUAUGUCUUGGGAGACGUUAGGUAUUCAAGAAAAAGAAUUUUAUAUUUCCCAAGUUUUAGGAAGAUUUGGAUUUCCACAAAGUAGCUUGAUGGUUAACCCUCAAUUAGGCGGAUUGAGAGCAUCGUCAACUGGAGUUCCACCGCUAGAUUUAAGUUCACCAACUCAAAUCAAUUUAGAAACGAGAAACGCAGUUUCAACAAUUUUAGAUAGCCCAAAUGAGAAUCAAAAUGAAAACGAGAUUAAAAAUUGGCCAUCUCAUGGAAUUAAUAUUAACCAGGUUAAAAAAAAUAACAAUAAAAAACGAGGGAGGAUAGGAAGACCAACAGGAAAAAUCGUAAAAACUAAGUUAUUAAAUGUUAAUCGAAGUGUUAAUGUUGAAAAUAUUAAUGAAGAGUUUCAAGAUGAUCCUGAAUUACGGAAGGAGUUUGAACAGUUUAAAUGGGCUUUACAUAUGAGUGAUAAAAAGAAUUAAUUUUAUUUUUUGUUCUAUAAAUAAAUAUAUUUAAGAA